ACGAAAUAAAUCCAGUCUAUGCAAAAUGGAAACACGCAUGAUCCAUGAGAAAAUUUUCAUGAUGCAUUAAAUUUGGCUCCAUUUUGGCUUUAAAUUUGCAAAGCUGAUGGAUUUCUUUUGGCAGCCAAAUAUAAUAGUACAACCGUGCACUUCAAUGUAACUGCACUCUGUAAAUUAUAUGCCCUUGCUGGUCGAAAACGAUAAUGUAACAGGUGUUCCUGACUUUAUGCCACCGUUAGUUCUGUCAAGUAUAAUUCAGAGGUAAGAUAAAUAUAGAAAACAUAAAAAUGGCGAGAUCGCGGAGGGGGCGUCCGUCAGCAGAGCAUAUUGAAGAACGUCGAAGAAGGAGAAGACCUUUACGCACAAGAAGGAGUGCCACUGUCGCUGUUGGUAAAAGCCGCUUUACGAUGCUCAGGGAACAUGCUUUCACAAUGAUGCCGCAAGGAAACAUCCUCGAAAUGUACCAGGUUAUGGUGGAAAACAUUUUCAGGGAGCGAGCUCGGAAGGACGAACGGCGUUGUGCUCUCGAGAGGAGAGAAAUCCACGAAGCAGUUCAAGACCUUGUGUCGGAGCUGGGACAGCACUUUCACAGUCAGAGUGAGGUUCAGCGUCUGACCAGUUGGGCGGUGCGCGAGCUGAAGAAGGAGGGACGUCUGCGCCAGGCGGGUCCGGGCCGGCUGCGCCUCUCCCGUCGGCGGCCGCGGCCCGUCUCCGUCGAUCCCGACGGCUCCGACGCUGAGACCGACGAGGCCGAGCAGCGGCGGCAGGCGUGGCAGCUGAAAAAGGACAGACACCGGGCCCGUACCAGGAUGGUGGAGCGGUACCGGCGCCGUCAGCGGCGGGCGUCGCAGUCCUCCAGUGCCGAGGUGUUGUCGGCCACCGCCUCAGAACAGUCGCUGCCCAGCACGGCCUCGGAACAGAGUCUGCCCGGCACCGCCUCGCAGCAAUCGCUGGCCACGACGGCGUCAGUUCGAUCCCUGCCGACCGACCCGUGAGCGGGUGGUGGUCCCUGUCCGCCGGGACCGAGGGUCACGGACCCUGCCAGGAAAGUGGUGGUGCCUGCCCGACUGCCAGGGGUCAUGGAUGUUACCAGGAGGCCCGUGGGCGUCCUGCCGAUUGGGGAAUGCCACUGACCCGCGCGGGAGUCGCAUACCCUGCUAGUAGGUCACAGAGCUUGCAGUGGGCGCAAUGCGUUCCGAAGCGAACCACCAUGAACUUACCCUAGAUAGAUGCAGUGUUUCUGAAUGUUUGUGGGAUGGCAUGACGCUGAACGCGUUUGAACUGUUGCAUAGCCUGCUGCAUCGGAUUGAUUUAUUUAUGGUGAAGUUGAAUGUACGAGUAUACGGUAUAACCUUAAUCCGAUCGUUUCGACCGCAUGCGAUGACUUUUUCGUGAUCAUAUGAAACGAGCUGUCUCGGUACAUUUCGUGUCGCAAUGCUUAGCGCUGCACUUAAUAUCCCUUUGUAACAAUUCAGGCUUACGGAAAUUCAGAACUCCGAGGUAUCAACGCAAGAUGGAUGAAUCCUCAGACCGGUCGCGGUAGCUUUUUCAGAACUCGGGUAACUACCCAGCUGUAGUGGAUCUGCGUCUGUCCAAGCGGGAAACAUGGUUCUCGGAUACCGACUCACCAGACAGAAUCAGCGCUUUAAGCACGCAAUGUUUUCGGUUGUACAGAGUGUCUGCCUGUGAGUGUUGUUUCUUUUCACCUAAAUACAUUUCCUGAAUGAA